AUGAAUAUGGAUAUGUCUACAUCAAAGACAGCGGCAAGUGCCAUGUCUUCCAUGAUAAUGUCUAAAAUGACAUCCGAAAGUAUGAGUAUGGCAAUGUCAUCGAUGUCAGAUAUGAUGUCCAUGUCAAUGGCUUCUUCUAGGAGUUCUACUGCGGAUUCAAUGAAAUCAACAAAAAGUUCAAGUAUGUCCAUGAGUAUGUCAUCGGUAACCAGCACAUCUUCUCCUACCAAUUCUGCAACUUCUACUUCAAUGGGAGCAAUGUCAAGCAUGGCAAUGGAUGGAAUGGGUCAAAUGUCUAUGUCGUCAGGUACUAAUUCCUCUGACUCAAUGGCCUCGAUGAACAUGGAAAUGAACUCGUAUCUAACAAGGAAAUACAAAAACUACCCUGUGUUAUUUGAAAAAUUACAUGCCAAUAAUAAGGGUAAAGCAUUUGGGAUUUUUUUGCUACUUGUUGUUGCCGCAUUUGUCUAUAAGUUUAUCCUUUUCACAAGUUGGUGCUUAGAAGUUCAUUGGUUCAAAAAGUGGGAUAAAGCCAAUAAAUACUGUUCGUUAUCAACGGCCUCUAAUAUGAAGAAAGAUCCUGAAGCUCAAUAUUUUUCAGAUGAUACUUUACAAUCCCAAGCAUUGCCCAAAUUACCUAAUAUCCUUUACGAUUUUAUGACACCUUCCUGGACCGACCUAUUUCAUGACUUUAUUAGAGUUCUCUUGGUAUUUUGCUCCACGAUGCUCAUUUAUAUGCUAAUGUUGGCAGCUAUGUCUUUUGUAUUAACAUAUGUUUUUGGUGUUAUCCUUGGGUUAACACUGGCAGAAGUGGUUUUCAACAGGUGGAAACUUUGUAUGUUAAAGAGAUGGGAUAUCCAAAAGGAAAUCGAAAUUUGUAAGAAUUGUCCAGGUGCCGGAAAUUGUAAAUGUGGAAGACACAAUGGUGGUACAGUUAAUAAUAAUAGAAAUAAUAAUGGAACGUUAACUGAUGAAGCAACGGUUUCCUCCAAUGAUGAAAAUACUCAAAUUCAGGACGAGAAAACUGAAAAUACCGGUUUGAAGACAACUCGGAAAGAAGCAAAUGCUGAAGCUCAAUGUAAUUGUGAAACAGAAACAACUAAUAAAAACAAACACAUUGAGAGAAAUAUGUUAGAAACUGCAAGAAUGCAAGAAAGAUCUGGUGAUAUGGACCACAAUUUGUUACCUGCAGAAAAGUUCACCUAA